UUCUUUCAUUGGCUGGUUUACUGAGAAAAGUUGCUUAAAUAAACGCUCUUCAGAGUCUAGUUCCACGCAGUCUCCUCUCCAUCAUCAUCAGAAGUGCAACAGCUUUAACCAAGAAGACGUCUUUAACAAUGGCUAUGCCGAAUAUGUUGGUCAUCUCCCUCACGCUCGUUGCUGUGUGCGUCGCGAUGCCAAGCGCACAACUCGCAAAAAUGAAGCGAUCAGUUUGCUCCUCAGCCGACGUAAGUGGCUGCAAUAGCUGGGCCGCGAUCGGAUACUGCCAUAGUGGAUCUAUUUACCAUGACUUUAUGAUGAGCAAUUGCCAAGCUGCUUGCGAAAUAUGCGAAGCACCACCAACGACGCCGCCACCGCCACCACCGCCACCGUCAAACGUCGCAGUCGUCUCUUCUGAAUGUUUGGGUGCCCAUAACAAUAAGCGGGCACUCCAUCAAAACACCCCGAAUCUUUCCUGGAAUGCGGACAUGGCCACCGAAGCUGCCGCAUACGCAUUGAAACUCGCCCAGACUCAAAACUUCGUUCACUCCGACACGUCUGACGGAGAGAACUUGUACAAUAAGGAAACGACUUCGGGUACAGUCUCGACGUGCCAAGACGCUGUCGAUUCGUGGUACAGCGAAAUUGAUAACUACGACUACACACGCUACACUAACCACCCAGGGGGCGCUAUUGGACACUUUACACAGAUUGUGUGGAAGUCAACCACUGAAGUGGGUGUUGGCGUGGCCAAGGCCAUUGUCGGUGGCUGGACCAAGACUUACAUCGUGGCACGUUACCGAACAGCAGGCAACGUAAAGGGCCAGUCUCACUACGAUGAAAAUGUCAAACCUUUAUCAUAAAUCACACUAAUUAUUGAUGAGUGAAUUAGCAAAAGAUUAAAUCAACUGAUGUGGUGUCUGUAGGGUUGUUAGAGCUGAUAGUUGCAAUUAUAUUCAUAGAAUAAUAAGUAUUUGGGAUAAACCAGUAAAACGCGGGUAAAAUUACUAGGUGUGGGUGGAACAUCAAAGGAAUGGUCAUUAAACAUGGGAAAUCAAUCAA